AUGGCUGCUGUCCUGGUCCCUGGGUUGUUGCGAGGCUCUGUUGGAGCCAUCUGCUCCCAGGCUGCUUUGUCGAAAGCGACACGCUGCGCUUUGCGCCACCUUACCCUAACCAGCAUAAUGAAAUCCAAAAGGAAAACGGAUCACUUGGAGAGAACUGCAAAUGUCCUUCGACAGGAGGUCGUGACGGCAGCUAAGGUGUGUGGAACAGUCAAUGAGUCACCCUCCGUGAAGAGGCUCCGCCUGCUUGUUGCUGAUCAAGACUUUUCCUUUAAAGCCGGCCAGUGGAUUGAUUUCUUUAUCCCAGGAGUCUCUGUGGUUGGUGGGUUCUCAAUAUGCUCCAGCCCCCGGCUGCUAGAACAAGAGAGAGUAAUAGAAUUGGCAGUGAAAUAUACAAAUCACCCUCCUGCUGUCUGGAUUCACAAUCAGUGCACACAUGACUCUGAAGUGGCCGUGAGAGUGGGAGGAGAAUUCUUCUUUGACCCUCAGCCCGCGGACGCCUCUAGGAACCUCGUAUUGAUUGCCGGAGGAGUCGGAAUUAACCCCCUGCUUUCCAUCCUGCGGCACGCGGCCGAUCUCCACCGAGAACGGACAAACCGGGGAAGUGGAUAUGAGAUAGGGACAAUAAGACUCUUCUACAGCGCAAAAAACACCAGCGAACUCCUGUUUAAGAAAAAUAUCCUCGAUUUAGUAAAUGAAUUUCCUGAGAAGAUUGCAUGCAGUUUGCAUGUUACAAAGCAAACUACACCGAUCAGUGCAGAACUCAAGCCAUACAUCACGGAAGGAAGAAUAACGGAGAAGGAGAUAAGAGAGCACAUUUCAAGAGAGACUUUGUUCUACAUUUGUGGCCCACCUCCAAUGACAGACUUUUUCUCCAAGCAACUAGAAAACAGCCAUGUUCCCAAGGAACACAUCUGCUUUGAGAAGUGGUGGUAG